AUUCAUUUCCAGAGACUCCGCUUUUAUUGUGAAAACGUCAAACCGGAUGUUGCUAUACGAUACCGAUGCGCUGGAACUGCGGGACAGGCGUCUGCCAUGGCGGAGACCCACAGCUUACAGGACCUCCAGCAGCCGGCCGUGUCCUCCAAGGUCUUCAUCCACAGAGACUACAGCACGGGAACAAUCUGCAGGUUCCAGACCAAGUUCCCCUCUGAGCUGGAGUCCAGGCUCGACAGGCAGCAGUUCGAGGAGACCAUGCAGGGGCUGAACAACCUGUACGCCGAGGCAGAGAAGCUCGGGGGGAUGUCUUACCUGGAGAGCUGCUUGGCUUGCCUGACUGCCUACACCAUCUACUUCUGCAUGGAGACGCACUACGAAAAGGUGCUGAAGAAGAUCGCCACGUACGUAACGGACCAGAAUGAGAAGAUUUACGCUCCCAGAGGCUUACUGCUGACCGACCCCAUAGAGAGAGGCCUCAGAGUCGUUGAGAUCACCAUCUUUGAAGACACAAGCAUCGGCUCCGGAAGAUAAAACAACGCAAAGACAUCCGAAAGCCUUCCAGCUAAAGAGUCGGCUACACGCCCUGAGGGUCCAAGCCUGUGCACAUGCAGCCGAAGUUACGAGGCCUGCAUACCUCGCUCAAAAGAGAACACAAACAUGAUAACGCAGCGUUUGCUAUCUUUCCCAACGUAUGGUUCUAGAAGUUGCCGAUGGGAAUCGUCGGCACGAAGCCGAAAGACAGAAAUCUACUUUAUAUCCAGCGUUGUUGUUUUUUUUUCUAUCCUGGAGCACGACUUUGCUCCGUGUCUUACUUCAGUGAAUCGACUGGUGCCUGACCAGAUACUCUCCGUCUGUUUCACAGAGCAUAUCCAGACCUCCUCGCCUGAAUUCUAUACAUACUCUUAAUGUGAGCUUUUGUUUUUUUUCUUGUAAUUUAUAAAUACUCUGUAUGUAUGUUUGUACCUGCCGUUUCUUGUCUUUUUAUACUCAAGACGUUGUCUAAAACCAGAGUUAAUGAAAUGUGCCAUUUUGUGUUCAUUGCCACCUUCUCCGCAUUCAUUCAGUUUGAGGUAUUUAGAACAUUUAAAGACGGUUAAUGUGUUGUGAAGACCUUGAACAGAGGGUUAAUGUUAGCAAUUUGACGGUUGCAACAUUUGCUUGCCCGGUUUCCUAUUGUGAAAAAGAAUGUAAGGGUUUGCGAGUGGGGACAUGUCUUAGAAAUUGUAAAUUGUUGACGUUUCUGGUUUUGAAGAUCGGAGCAUGUUUGCCAAGUUCCCCUCCGACGAAGCCCAUACAUUUUGAGAACCGUCUAAUUGCAGGUGAUAUCAUACACAGCUGAAUCGUGCGGCGCAUUAUUCGUUAGCAUUAAACACCGUAGACGAUUAGAAAUCUCCACAGCCGAUUUUCUUUGUAUACUUGUCCAUAAUCCUGUUUUAUUUAAAUAAAAUGCCGUUACCUGAAAUGUUGA